UCCUCAUUGCACACCACUAACCUUCUAUCUUUAACUCCAACCAUUAAAAAAGUUGCUGCUGCAACCUCGGCUUCCCCUCCUCAUCACAGAGCUCCGGCGAUGGGUUCCACGGCGGAGGAACAGUCAACCAUAGCUUCCUCCAUCUCCGACGACGACCAACAACACCAACACUUCGCUUACGCUAUGCAAUUGGUUACCUCAUCAGUUCUGCCGAUGACACUCCAAGCAGCCUUCGAGCUGGGAUUGUUUGAGAUCUUGGCCAAGGCCGGCAAUGGGGCCGAGCUGUCUCCGACUGAGAUAACCGCUAAGAUAACCACCUCGAACCCGGAUGCGGCGUCGAUGAUCGAUCGGAUCCUGAGGCUUCUGGCGACCCACUCGGUGGUGGGAUGCUCUGUGAUCAUUGAUGAAAAUGGGAAUCAGCAGAGAUUGUAUAGCCUUACGCCGGUGGCUAAGUAUUUUGUUCUCGAUGAAGAUGGCGUGUCAUUGGGUGCUUUGUUAUCGAUGAUUCAAGAUAAAGUCUUUCUCGAGAGCUGGAGUGAGCUGAAGAAUGCUGUGAUCGAAGGAGGAAUUCCAUUCAAUAGAACCCAUGGAGGAGUUCAUGCCUUUGAAUACCCUCGCUUGGAUCAAAGAUUUAAUCAAGUUUUUAACAACGGAAUGAUAAAUCACACCACCAUGGUCAUCAAGGUAGUUGUCGAGUCCUACAACGGCUUUGCAAACCUCAAGCAACUAGUUGAUGUUGGUGGUGGCCUCGGAGUCACCCUUAAAAUCAUCACGUCUGCAUACCCUUCAAUCAAAGGUAUCAACUUCGACUUGCCUCAUGUUAUUGAAGAUGCACCAUUCUAUCCAGCAGGUGUAGAACACGUGGGAGGAGACAUGUUUGAGAAAGUUCCAAAGGGAGAUGCUAUUUUCAUGAAGUGGAUACUUCAUGAUUGGAGUGACGAGCAUUGCGUGAAGCUGUUGAAAAAUUGCUACUUGUCCAUCCCGGACGACGGAAAGGUAAUCGUGAUGGAGGGAGUGGUUCCGACGGUGCCGGAGACGACAGCUGCAGAGAAAGCCAUCAGCCAAGGCGAUUUGCUUAUGAUGACUCAAAACCCAGGAGGAAAGGAGCGUAGUCGCGAUGAGUUUAAAGCCCUCGCAACCAAAGCUGGCUUUAAACACAUCAAAUUCAUCUAUUUCCUAUGCAAUUUUUGGAUCAUAGAGUUCUUGAAAUGAACUUAUAUGUCUACUUCUUCACGUUUGUAUUGCCUUUUAAGUGCUUGUCUAUUGGUACUGUUUUCAAUAUUUUGUUUAGAAUGUCGGGAAAAACAAUA